ACUUGGAGGAGCUAAAGGAAAGUUGUAUUUAUACACAUGGGUUAUUGACGUAUGUUUAACUACGUGUGCGUGUUCGAGUGUCUCUUACGUUCAGUGAUGUCUAGGAAGUGUUGUUAAUUCACCAUAUCUUUUCUAUUAUGUGUGUGGCAAGUUUAUGACUAAGUCUCAAAGACAUCCCAUUUCACCGAUCGUCAAAAAUCAUACGAGUUGUAUUCUGAAUCCAAGGUAUAUGAGGGAGGAACCAUGCUGCAAGUGGUUGCGUUUUCGCUGCUGGCGUUGGUGAGCACGUCAUCAGCAGCUAAGAUCUUGGUGAUCGCACCGUCACCGGCCUACAGCCACCAGCAGCCAUUCCACAUCCUGACAAAGGCUCUGCUGCAGAGGGGCCACCGAGUCACCCUCAUGACGACUGAUUCCAUGAAGAUAUCUCAUGAGAACUAUACCGAGAUUGACUUGUCAAUAGCUUACAGAUACGUAAGAGGCCACUAUGAUUUUGUGAAGGUAUACGAAGAAACACCGACCCGGUCGAUGGCAAUGAGGCUGCACAUUUCCGCUAACUCGGCUGCGAUGCAGUUAAAUGAGACUUCGGUACAGAGGUUCAUCAGAUCUGGCGAAACGUACGACCUUGCGAUUCUGGAGGACUUUAUAUACAUGUGUUAUUAUGGACUCAUACACAAAAUGGGCUCGCCUCCUGUCGUGAAGGUUCUGACGAUGACGGCUCCCUCGUCCGUCUACUACAAUUUCGGAAGCCCCAUGAACCCCGCCUACAUGCCUGAUAUGUGGCUCGGCUACUCAGACCAUAUGAAUUUCUGGCAGCGGCUGUACAACACGUACUUCUAUUUAAGGCUGAUGCACAUGUGGUUCUGUCAGGCGAUGCCAGUUCAUGAAGCACUUAUGAGGAAACACUUUGGUCCAGAUCCUCCGUCUGUGUACGAAGCGGACAGGAACGUCAGUCUCCUCAUAACCACCAACCACUUCGUCAUGGAAUAUCCUCGCCCGCACUUGCCCAACAUCAUCGAGAUCACCGGAAUCCACGUUGCCACAGAACAGAAGCCUCUGCCCAAGGACAUCAAGCAGUUCCUGGAUGGGGCAGAACACGGCGUCAUCUACUUCAGCCUAGGAACCAAUGUCCGCAGCAAUGCGAUGUCAGACUCGAAGCGACAGGCGUUCAUCGAAGCAUUCCGAGAGCUGCCCCAGAGGGUCCUCUGGAAGUGGGAGAACGACUCCCUGCCUGGUCAACCAGACAACCUCAUGGUCAGCAAGUGGCUACCACAGCAGGACGUACUAGCUCAUCCAAACGUGCGACUCUUCAUCACGCAAGGUGGCCUGCAGAGUCUGAAUGAAGCCACUUACCACGCCGUGCCGCUGCUGGUCAUCCCGUUCUUCUGCGACCAGGGGCACAACGCCGCCAAGAUACAACAGAGUGGGGCCGGCGUCCGGAUAGAGUAUAGAGACAUCACCAAGGACGCCUUGCUGAGUAACAUACGGACCGUCCUUCACGACUCCAAGUACAAGGAAAACAUGAGGACUUUGUCGUCGGUAUUCCGCGAGCACAAGGCGGACUCUGUGGAGCGCGCCGUGUGGUGGAUCGAGUACGUGAUACGUCACAAGGGGGCCCCGCACUUACGCAGUGCAGCCCUCGACCUGCACUGGUGGCAGCGGCUUCUGCUCGACGUCAUCGCUUUCGUCCUUGUGGUGGCCGCCAUUGCAGUCUAUCUUAUGUGCAUAUCUAUUCGCAGACUUGUCCAGUUUCUCUCAGGAUUUAAAGUGAGGGUAAAAACUGAGUAAUUAUUCAGCUGUAGAGUCACUGAAAACUAUAACUGUGGCAUUGCAUCAGAAUUUGUAUCUGAAAUCUCUUUGACGUAAAAAUAUGACAAUACAUUCCUGCAACCUGGUACGGAAGAUUAAUUUCAA